UUAUUUCAUAAGACUUGUUGAAGUGUUUAGAAAAUUCAAAUGCGAUUCGUGAAUUCAGAAAGUUGGCGAGAAAGCGCCUGCGUGAAUCUGUAAAGUUGGUGAACCUGAACGGGGCCGGGGCCGGCUUUUGACGUGUCGCAGAUUAUUUGGAUGUUGGCUCGGUUGUCUGAAUUAUGGAAAAGCAGCUCACACGGCAUAAGACUCCGAGUAAAAUACACAAUACUACCGCAUAUUCGGCGUGUAUAAAGCACACAAGUGUGUGUCGAGUACUUAUAGCUACAUGAUAGUAUCGACGAGUGUCGUCGACUACUGCUGUGGCGCGGUGAGUUGUCUGUGUGCCAUUCUGUCUGCUGAUAAAUCGCUUCGUUGAUCGUGCCUGAAAGGUAGCAAUUUUAACUUAAACGAGGCAACGCCGCAGAAAACAUAAUACGUGGAGCAGAACAUUGUCGACGCCGAUCCGUAGCGAUCGAAUGGAAGGUUAAAAUUCGCUGUUGAUACAGAAAAACGAGCUGGGUGCGCGUGUGUUAUAGUGCGCCGCCAUGCAACCUUCGACGACGAAGACGCAAGCUGGUGCCCCGGCUCAAACGGCCGGCAAAAAAGUCCUCUUUCCUGAUAAAAAAGUCCCAGCCAAGCAGGUGAAAUCGUCUGGCUUGACCAACAUAGCUGGUCUCAAUUCCCUCAUCAUAUUCACGGUUCUUUUGCUUGCCUGGAUAUCUGGCUUCGCAUCCAGACUUUUUGCGGUCAUUCGUUUUGAGAGCAUCAUCCACGAAUUUGAUCCAUGGUUUAAUUACAGAGCAACAGCUUAUAUGGUAGAACAUGGUUUCUAUAAUUUCUUGAAUUGGUUCGAUGAAAGAGCAUGGUAUCCUUUAGGAAGAAUUGUUGGUGGAACAGUAUAUCCAGGACUUAUGCUUACUUCUGGAUCCAUACAUUAUAUCUUGCACUCAUUGAAUAUACCUGUUCAUAUCAGAGAUAUUUGUGUAUUUUUGGCCCCAGUAUUUAGUGGUCUCACUGCUAUAUCUACCUAUUUUCUUACAAAAGAAUUAUGGAGUUCUGGGGCUGGCCUAUUUGCUGCGUGUUUCAUUGCCAUUGUUCCUGGUUACAUUUCCAGAUCAGUAGCGGGUAGUUAUGACAAUGAAGGAAUUGCUAUAUUUGCUUUACAAAUAACAUAUUACUUAUGGGUCAAAUCAGUGAAAACAGGCUCCAUUUUAUGGGCUACAUUAACUGCCCUAUCUUAUUUUUACAUGGUUUCAGCAUGGGGAGGAUAUGUUUUUAUUAUAAACUUAAUACCUCUUCAUGUGUUUGCAUUACUUGUCAUGAAUCGAUUCAGUGUUAGAUUAUUCACAGCUUAUACAGUAUUUUACAUACUAGGUCUUUUAUUCAGCAUGCAAAUACCAUUUGUUGGUUUCCAACCAAUAAGAACAUCUGAACAUAUGGCUGCUGGUGGUGUAUUUUGUUUAAUGUUUCUCAUUGGGGGUCUAAAAUACUUAAGAACUUUCAUGACCAAAGCAGAGAUGAAAUAUUUUGGUGGCAUAGUUAUUGGUAUCACUCUAGUAUUUUUGACAGUUUUAAUUGGUCUGACAUAUGCUGGAUUUGUAGCACCAUGGAGUGGAAGAUUUUACUCACUUUGGGAUACAGGAUAUGCUAAAAUUCACAUUCCCAUUAUUGCUUCAGUAUCGGAGCAUCAACCAACGACUUGGUUCAGUUUCUUCUUUGAUCUACACAUAUUGGUUACAACUUUCCCAGUUGGUCUUUGGUAUUGUAUUAAACAUAUCAAUGACGAACGAGUGUUUGUGGUACUGUAUGCCAUUAGUGCUGUCUAUUUUGCAGGUGUUAUGGUUCGUCUUAUGCUUACCCUAACACCUGUAGUUUGUAUGCUAGCAGGCAUAGCAUUUAGUGGAUUACUUGAAUUGUAUUUAAAAGAAGAAGAUCGUGAAGAGAGUGGAACGAAUGCUGUAGAAGAAGAAAGUGAUGGUGAACAAGAACGUAGCCCAGGACGAGCUUUAUAUGAUAAAGCUGGGAAACUUAGACGUAUGAAACAUGAAAAGCCUAAAGGAAAUGGAGAUGGAUUAGGAGCCAAUGUGCGCAAUGCAGUUGUUAUUUUUGUACUGAUGCUUUUGAUGAUGUUUACAGUUCAUUGUACUUGGGUUACUAGCAAUGCCUAUUCCAGUCCUUCUAUUGUACUUGCUUCGUAUAGUAAUGAGGGAGGAAGAGCAAUCCUUGAUGAUUUUAGAGAAGCCUACUAUUGGCUAUCUCAGAAUACUCAUACUGAUGCUAGAGUUAUGAGUUGGUGGGAUUAUGGAUAUCAAAUAGCUGGAAUGGCAAAUCGCACUACUUUAGUAGACAAUAAUACAUGGAACAAUUCUCACAUAGCUCUUGUUGGAAAAGCAAUGAGCUCUAAUGAAAGUGCAGCUUAUGAAAUAAUGACGUCUCUAGACGUUGAUUACGUGCUAGUCAUAUUUGGUGGAAUGAUCGGUUAUUCGGGUGACGAUAUUAAUAAAUUUUUAUGGAUGGUUCGAAUCGCUGAAGGUGAACACCCUCAAGAUAUUCGUGAAAGUGAUUACUUUACUGAAAGAGGAGAAUUUCGUGUCGAUUCGGAGGCUUCACCAACACUUCUAAAUUCUCUCAUGUACAAACUAAGCUAUUACCGGUUUGGUGAAGUUAAAAUGGACUACCGAUCGCCAACUGGUUUCGAUAGAACCCGUAAUGCUGAAAUUGGAAAUAAAAAUUUCCAACUAACUUACUUGGAAGAAGCUUACACGACUGAGCACUGGCUUGUUAGAGUUUACAGGGUGAAAAAACCAAACGAAUUUAAUCGACCUAGAAUACCGAUCACGAAGCGUACCAUAAGUCGUCAAACGAGUUCAUACAUCAGCAGAAAAACUAGCAGAAAAAAGAAAGGAUAUAUCAAAGGACGACCAACUGUUGUCAAAGGACAGAAACCUCAAAAGAGAGCAUCGUCGUAACGUUAAAGCCGUUUUAAAAUUCUAAACAGUGUUUAUUAUGAUGCUGUAAAUACCACCAUGCCCUGGAUCUCUGGUUGUACUUCUUUUUUCACUAUUCUGAAAUUAUGCAAUUUCUAAUCGACACCUGCAUCAUGUACACAUCGUGUUCAUGUAUCAAAAAAAUUAGCUCAUAGUUUUUUAUACGGAUAACCGUCACAUCUUUUUUCAUAACUAAUAGUUUUGUAUGCAAUAAGUUAUUCUGGAUUGUGAUGCACUUCAACAGCACCUAGAGUAUAUUUUUACGAAUCUAGCUUGAAAGAUUCUAGAAGAUGUAAAACUUGAGUUAAUUAUCAGAACCGUAUAAAUGUAUAGGCAUAAAAAUUGAUCAUUUCAAUUGAAAAUUAAAAAAUUUUUAAAGUUUUUUAAAUUAAUUAUAAUGGAAAGUUAUUUUCUAUAAAUAAACACUGAAACGUAUAGAUAAAAGUUACUAUUUUUGCGCGAAGUGCUACAAUGAAAAUUAUAAUUCCUUCAUUUAACAUUGAGGCUUAUGACAUUCUUGAUCAUGAAUAUUUUUCGUGUUUAAAAUUCAACGGAAUCGUUCUUUCAAAGAAUGUAUCCAUAUUUAUUUUGAAUCUAAUUCAGUUCGUGAAGGGCUGAAUGCGUGUCUUACAAACACACACUUUGUUGUAUAAAAACUUGUUAUGAGAUAGAUAUUUAAAAUGAAA